UAAUGCCCUUUACACUCCCCAAGCUGAUCGCUGCGAUAGGUUACGGAGAGGGGUGGGUCUACAUUUCCGUGUAUCUAGUAGGAAAAGCCAGUUUACAAACAUUCGCCGGCCGAGUUUAUCGUCUGCAAAGUAUAACUGACAUGUCAAUUAAUACACGUACUCUCGUCGGAGCAAAAUGGCUUGCUGAUGCAGUGAAGAAUAACCUUCUGGGGCCUGCGUUGCGUGUUUUGGACACUUCGUGGUACCUACCCAAACUGAAACGUAACCCUUCAGUUGAAUUCAAAGAGAGACACAUACCGGGGGCUUCGUUCUUCGAUAUUGAUCAAUGCUGUGAUAAAACGUCCCCGUUUGAUCACAUGCUGCCAGGUGAACACGAGUUUGCGGACUAUGUGGGCGACCUGGGCAUUGGCAAUGACACGCACGUCGUGGUGUACGACGCCAGCGACUUCGGCUCCUUCUCCGCCCCGAGGGUUUGGUGGAUGUUUCGGGUCUUUGGUCACAACUCCGUGUCCGUGCUUGACGGCGGUCUGAAGAACUGGCUAAAAGAGGGCCACCCUGUCACGGCAGAUUUCUGCAAACCUGCCCCUGCGCAGUUCAGGGCGUCUCUGCAUCGGCCCUGGGUGAAAACCUACGAGGAUGUUCUGAAAAACAUUGAGAGCAAACUGUUCCAAGUGGUGGACGCCAGGGCUGAGGGGAGAUUCAGAGGAAUAGAACCGGAACCAAGAGACAAUACAGAGCCUGGCCAUAUCCCGGGCUCCAUCAACAUGCCGUUCACUUGCUUCCUGGAUGCCUCUGGCCUUGAACGUCCACCGGAGGAGCUGAUAGAGAUGUUCCGGGGUGCCGGAGUGGAUUUGACCAAACCCCUGUGUGUGUCCUGCGGCUCAGGGGUGACUGCCUGUCACGUGGCCCUUGCGGCCCAUCUGUGCGGCCACCCCGGCGUGUCCGUGUAUGACGGGGCCUGGUCCGAGUGGUACACCAGAGCUGCCCCAGAGCACGUCAUCUCGGAGGGCAGGGGGAAGCACGUGUAACGGACAACGACUGACCGAUCCAUGGGUCAGUGCCCAAGAUGACAGUACAGGCUGAGCUGCCUAUCGUCAAAAUGUUCACUGGAUGUACAGAUAGAAUCCAUGUCAAUUCUCAGUGAUGCUGUGUAGUUUACCUAGUCAGAGCAGUAGAGCAGGUCAGGAUUUCUGUUGGCCCCCACUUCUGCCCUGGCUGGUCUGGUACAAGAUACAUAUCCGUCUGUACAGUAACAGCUUAACCUGUUUGGUAGUUUUACAACAAAAACAAAUUUCUACAAACAAGUGAAAUUGCAUCCUGGCAGUGGAUGAGGGGCUGUGGAAGGUGGCUAGAUCGUCAAAAGUCCUGUUUAGUUCUGACUCUGCACUUGCUGUGAUUUGUGAGAGUAAUAUAUAAAUGGAAGAUGGAUGAUUACUGUUGAUAUAGCCUUUUGGCCCAGACUCCCCUCCAGUCAGAAAACAAGUCAUGUCUGGGUGUGUAUAAUAGUAGAAAUACUAGCUAAAAAUGUACAAAAAUUCUUUUUGCAUUCAACGAAUAAAUAAAGAUUUUAGCAGAAAUUUUA